CACCGCGCUUGGCCGCUGGGGUCCCGGGGAAGCCGAACCGCGGGACGGGCCAGACACCCCACUUCCCGCCCAUUCCGAGGCCAGGAGAGGGCGGGAGUGCCUGAGCGGGUACUUUGAGGAUCACAAAAUAACUGGGAGACCUCUUGCUCCUGAUCCAGAGCUUUCCAGAACAGCAGCUGCCGCAGCAAUGGUUAUGCCCUAUGUGCCCGCUGCCAUGGCCUUCACGCUGGUGCCCAGUAUGGGGGGCUUCCUGGGCUCCCAGUAUAUCCGCGGAGAGGGCCUCCGCUGGUACGCCGGCCUGCAGAAGCCCUCGUGGCACCCGCCCAACUGGACGCUGGCCCCCAUCUGGGGCACGCUCUACUCAGCCAUGGGGUAUGGCUCCUACAUAAUCUGGAAAGAGCUGGGGGGCUUCUCGGAGGAGGCCGUGGUUCCCCUGGGCCUCUACACCGGACAGCUGGCUCUGAACUGGGCGUGGCCUCCCCUCUUCUUUGGCGCUCGACAAAUGGGUUGGGCCCUGGUAGACCUCCUGCUGACAGGCGGGGUGGCAGCAGCCACAGCCGUGGCCUGGCAUCGGGUGAGCCCAUCAGCCGCCUGCCUGCUCUACCCGUACCUGGCCUGGCUGGCCUUUGCGGCCACACUCAACUACUGCGUGUGGCGGGACAACCAGGGCCGGCGCCGUGGCCGGCGGCUCUCUGAGUGAGGGUGCCCACCCUCCGAGGACUGCAGUAUGUCCAGGGGUGGUGGCCUUCAGGCUUGUACAGCCAGCAGGCUGCCUGUCUGUCUGGUCUCAGCCCAGAGGAUCACCGGCAGUUUCAGAGGUGCCCCUGGCUGAGCCCCAACUCUAGAAACACCCCCACCCUCUGCUUGAAGCACGCGCUCGGAACGUGUUUUACAAGCCAGAUAAAGGUUUUAACCUCUUG